UUUCCUCAUUAAUGAAUGAGACCGGCCCAGUAAACUGUGUGACUCAGGAGAAGAGUGGACGGAGAUACGAAUCGCACGGCAACCAACAGCUGAAAAAACACAUUCUUCACACACUCGAGGUGCCAUUUUCAGCGAUUGGAAGUAGAACCAUAAAAUCAGAGCUGAUGGAUUGAUACAUUGAGGAGCGAGGUCUUGUUUUGUCCAUAUUCAAAAGUGGUAAAGAGUUUGGGAGGUUUAUUGUGGUCUAAAAAUGGUGCAAAAUUCGAUAAACACUUUGGUAACCUCUAGAUGCAGUGUUUUGUGUGGAUCAAGUGAUUGGUCAAGGAGAAGUUCCACCCAUAUUAGGGAGCCAUAUUCAGUUGUUGGGGCUCCGAGGUUGUGUCAUUGUGUGUAUGGUGGAAGAGGGGCCUCCUUUGCUGGGCCACUUAAGCUGUCCAGACGUAGUGGUUUGAGGGUUCAAGCUGGAUGGCUAUUUAGAGGAAACGAUAAGGGAUCAGAAUUGGAUGCGAGCUGUGAGCAUAGUGAGAGAGCCAAUGAGGAUAUUUUGAUGUUUUUCUUUGAGCUCGAUUUGGCCACCCGUGUACAGUAUGCUUUGAACUUGGAGCAGUAUGAAGUAGCCCAGCAACUGAGGAACAAGUUGACUGAGGUUGAAACAGAGGUUAUCAAACUCCGAGAAAGCAGAAGAGGAUCAGCAUCCAAGAGUGAAGCUCAAGAUAUGGCUAUAAGUAUAUUGAGACUACGUGCAGACUUGCAGAAUGCAGUUGAGAAUGAGAACUAUCAUCAGGCUGCUGAGUUGCGAGAUGAAAUUUCCAAACUCGAAGCGAAGUCUUUGGCUGCAUCUGUAAAAGCCCAAGCAUAUGAAAGUGCAAAAUAUGCUCUCCGUUUGGGCCAAAAAGUAAAGCAUAAAAUAUUUGUUUGUAUUAUAGGAUAUCGGGCUGUUAUCUGUGGCAUGGAUCCAGUAUGCUGUGAAUCGAAGUCGUGGAUUGAGGGUGCAAAUAUUGACAAGUUGACUCGUGGCCCCGAUCAACCCUUCUAUCAGGUGUUGGUUGACAUGCAAGAAGACCCCAACCUCUUAGUGGCAUACGUUGCCGAGGAGAACUUAAUGGUGCCGGAUCAACAAGACAUGGAUAGGUUUGAACACCCUUAUGCUUCCUUCUUAUUCUAUGGAAUGGAUGGUGGUGGGGAUUUUAUCCCGAUUAAACAGCUGCGGGAGAAAUACAACCAGCCGCGGCAUGAGCUCCCCUACGAUCCACAGGACGAGGACUCCGGGAAGGGUGCAUAGAUGUUUUGAUGGCAAAGGAUCGGAUGUGUUUUUAGUAGGAGAAGACGGAUAUAUAUCAUAUCCAUGCCUUGUUGUGCAGGAUCUCAUCACGAAUAACAUCUCUUUUACAUGUAUUGGAAAUUGCUUGAUUUGGCAUGUCAGUAAGUAGUAUCACUAUCACUUGUUUGCUUUCUGCGAGCUUUGUAAUUCAGUAGAAUCAUUUGUAUGUCACAAGGAUACUUAUCACUUGCUCAACUUGCAGAACAGAUGAAAUCCAAAACCAAUUAUCAUA